ACUAAUGUCCUUAAAACCCUAUUCACCAAAAAUAUCCACAAACCACAUCAAGCAACAAAAAUCAAAAGAAAGGAAAGAGGAGAGAAAUAGAAAGAGCAAAUCCAAAGCAACAGAAUCAAUGGCUGAAACUAAACAAGAAUUAGAACCUCCUCUAUUCCCAACAUCACCAAUACCACCAUCAGCUACUUCCUCUAUGUUUUUCUUAAAACUUAUGAGCAAAAGAAGAACAUGGGUUUUUCUCUUUAUUACAGUUUACACAAUCUUGUUAUCACUUUCUUGGAAUUUUCUCAAAUCAGUACUUUCUUGGUACGAAUCAACUGUACCCCUUAACUCAACUUCAUCAGCUUUGUAUGCAUCUUUGGUAUUAGGAGUUGCUUUUGGGGUUUUAUCAAUGGUAGCAGCUUUAGUUGUUGUUGUUCCAGCUACACUUGUGACAUGGAUUAGUAUAUUGGUUUUAUUAACAUUUGCUGGAAAAAGGAGAAAGGAUUUGGUUUUAGAAGGGAAGAAAAUGACUGCUGAGAUUAUUGGGUUUAUAAUUAAGGUGUUGAUUAGAGAAGGGAAUUUAGUUGCUGCAAUUUGUGCUGUUCUUGGGUAUUUUGCACUUGUGAGAAGAAAUAAAGAAGAUGGUAUUGAUUAUUGACAAGGAGGUAACGGGUUCGAGCGUCAGCAAGGUAAGACGGCGUACAAUAGGUACUUGUGGUCCGACACUUCUCCGAAUCUUGCGCAUAUUGAAAAUUUAGUGCGCCGGACUGUCUUUUUUAGUAUUGAUUAUUGAGUUAAAUAAUUAGGGUUGUAAGAGAUUUUAACUUAACUCAGCUUGUAAAAAUAAGUAAGAUGUAAUGUUUUCUUUGGAUUUUUGGGGUUUUCUUUACAUGUAUGAUAUAUGUAAAGUGUUGUGCUGUUUGUAGUAACCUUUAUUUUAUUGUAUGAAAAAUACAGAGGAAAAGGAAAUCUAUUGACUA